CCAGCUGCGACGCUGCACUACUGUGGCGCAAAAAACUCAACUGAUGGGCUUCAGCCUCAGAAAGCAAGACCUCUGCCAGCUGGCUGGUGCAGAAGCCCGGGCCACAGUCAACCGGCAACUCGGCUGAGUGGACCGGCGCGCUAAGUAGCAGCAGACGGAUGGACGCCGGGGCCCCGAACCGUGCCAGUCGCUUGGUGGGAGGCUUCGAGAUUCUGAAAAUCGACCGCACGAUAAGCCGCUGCAGUGCCCUCUUUGCGACCGAACGGAGUAGUUCAUGACCAAUUGAGCCAGCAUCAUGGAGCUCCGUUCAGCACUCCAGUCCGUCUGCCGCACGACGGCAGCGGCCGCCUCUGCCAGCGCCCGGUCCAGCCUCGCCGGUCGCCAUGCCUUCUCUACCAGCGCCCGCUUCCAACUGCAGCCACCGCCCAACCCCUACGUGUCGGGCAAAUCGCGCAUCGAGACUCUGCGAGCGGCUCUCUCGAACCGGAAGCCCGCCGCCGGCGCCGCCGCUGGUGGUAGCCCUGGCGCCACCUCCGCAUCCUCUGCUCUCCCUCCCCGUCCUCCCACUGCCAACGACAGCCCUUGGUCGAUUGUCGACGCCAUCAACAAGGAUAGCAAUAGCAGCACUUCCUCCUCCAGCUCCUCCUCCUCCUCCGGCGGCGCCCUCUACUCCUCCUCCAAGCCCUCGCCCAUGCAGACCUGGAACGAAACCGAUUUCGAGACCCGGCACAUGGCUCCCCAGCAGGAGCUCAACAUCCGUCUCCGCCCAUCAACCGGCAGGACGUUCUACGUGUCCGGACAUCAAGAUUUUGCCGGCGCGCUGAAACUGCUGCACAGGACGGUUGCGGCGAACAAGGUGAAGAAGGACGUGCGGUUGCAGAGGUUCCACGAGCGUCCGGCGCUCAAGAGGAAGAGAAACUUGAGAGAGAGGUGGAGGGCUCGCUUCAAGGAGGGCUUCAAGGCCGCGGUCAACAGGACCUUUGAGUUGAAGAACCAGGGGUGGUAAACGAAGCCCUGGGGGGGGGGGGAACAGAGGGUGGAAGAUUGGGAGAAAUUUCGCGAUUCGAGGGGGGGCUGAAACGGAUGAAGAUGCGACGACGACGAUGACGACGACGGCGACUAAAUCAAACCUAGACUGGAUGGGGGGAACAGAACUAGAGGUCGGUCGCAUCGAUGUAUCACCACCAAGCCAAAAUCUGUUGAGACCCGAAAAGGAACCCCGCGAAGACAAAAACCUGUACAAUAUCCAGUCGCGGAUUCCUGCGACUAAUGAAUGAAAGCCUUAAACAAGCUAAUCAGUUGAUGCUGUGGGUGAUGGAAUUUGUUAACCAAGAUCAGCCUUACCACCGCCAGCAUGAGGGGGGCCUAGGUAUCUUAAAUACUCAAGAACUCCUAUUGAACCUGUUGGACAUGGUGAUUGCCUAGGAUUCAACGUAUCUAGGAGCAUAACCCAGCUAGUACGGGUCCAGAAACCGUUCCAUAUGGAUAUUCUCGCAAUUAUUCCAUCCCUAGUCACAG